AUGAGUGGAUUGACAGGAUUCCGUGUGAUGCUCUGGUUGUUGAAGUACUCGGAUGAAGAAGAAGAAAAUGAGGACGAUGACGACAACGAAGAAGAAGAAGAAGUAGAAGAAGAUGAUGAGGAGGAGGAGUUGAAGGAUGAGGAUGAAGAGGAGGACGAAGAGGAUCACGAGAUAUCCCUUAACACCAAAAGCGAUGUCACUUUCACUGCUGCCGGUGUGCUUAAGCUAGCCAAUGGAAAACGCUGGCUCAGAAAACCACUUGCGGUCGCUGCGUGGGCAAUUUCGUACACAAUAACGUCCGGCAACAACGGCAGUGUGAUGCAGAUCAGUGCAACCGGUGUCAUCACGUUGGCUGCCGGAAAGAGUCUCGACUUUGAAACCACGCUUUCUUAUACCUUAGUUAUAACUGUAACGGGUGCAAGCGGGAGUCCGGAUGUCGCUACUCUUACGGUCAACAUUAAAAACGUCCUCGAGUUCGGAAAGACUCUGUAUGACGUCUGUAUGGUCGACGGAUCGACCGCAGACACGACCGUAGGAACAUACACCAUGAAGGACAAUACCGGUGGAGCAACUGUCACCUACGCAAUUACAUCCGGCGAGCUUAAGGUAUCAACUGGAAAGACGCUGGCUCAGAAAACCACAGAGAAAUACACGGUGGUGCUAGCGGCGACGGAAUCAGGAUCAACCGCAUUCGCUGACCCUGGAUCUAACACAGUCUCAGUCGACGUUGGCACAUGCGGAUGCUCUGCCGUGGCGGCGACAUUGGGACUCACUUUGCUUGCGGUGGUUCUUGCCGUCUCCGCUUAAGGUGGCGCUUGGGAGGGGACGCUGACAGUCGUUGAAUGUCUGUGAUAUUAACAUUUAAUAACACUUUCAAAAGAUAUAGGUCUUACAUGUAUUUGUUUCUGACGUAUUAGUACGUUAUAUACUAAAUUACGUCAGGCGUGUAGACCACCUUGUAUAGCUAAUAGCGUUAAAUUAAAAUAAAGAACAUGUGUUAGUGUCUGGGUUAUACACUGUUAAUAUUUAUUCUUAAGGAACUUGGAAACGGGCAACAACUUUGGCUUCGUCGCGUUUACUUCCCUCAAAAUUUACUUCUAUGGUUUUUUAUGCUUAUGCAUGUUUAUUUAAAUAUUGUAUCAUUAACACCUGUGAUACGUUUAUUUGGUGAGGGGUGCCAGUAUGAAUGUCUUCAGGGAUGUGACCUUUGGCAGCCUCUUACCGUCUAAACUUUAACUUUCGUCAUGCGCUUGGUUUGAAGUUGAUGUGUUAAUGACAAUAACAAU